AUGAAUCAAAAUCUUUUGCAAUAUCAGAAGUUAAAUGACCAAAGGCUUGCGAGUUUAGAACUCAAGCUGGGCCAAAUUUGUGAUGCACUUAAUGAGAGGGAAAAGGGUAAACUCCCUAGUCAAUUUCAACAAAAUCCUAAAAGUACAUUUCAGGCGAGUACGUCUGCUUGCAAUGAGUCCUCACAUGAUCAGUUGAAUGCAGUCACCACUCUCCGUAGUGGUAGAGUUAUUAAAAAUAAUGUAGGCAUGCCACACACAAAUGGGUAUGAGUCAGACUCACCUUUGCACAUUACUGCACAGAAAACACCUGCUGCAGAAAAUGAAUCUGAGCAUGUUGAAAAAUCUAAAAGUUCUACUAAUGUGAAUGUUUCUUUGCCAUGUCAUGUGCAUGUUGCUCCAUUCCCGCAAAGGCAGAUACCCACCUAUGCUAAGUUUUUGAAAGAUCUUUGCACACAAAAGAGAAAGCUCCAUAUGCACAAACGUGCAUUUCUCACUGACCAGGUAAGUUCCAUAAUUCAAAACAAGAUCCCAACUAAGCUUAGGGAUCCAGGUUGUCCAACAAUCACGUGCACCAUAGGCGACUAUGUGGUCGAAAAAGCUUUACUAGACUUAGGAGCAAGUGUCAAUCUAUUGCCGUACUCUGUGUAUGUGCAUUUAGGACUUGGGGAGCUGAAACCCACUCCUGUUACGCUACAAUUAACGGACAGAUCUGUGAGAAUCCCUCGUGGUAUUGUCGAAGAUGUGUUGAUCAAGGUUGAUAAAUUUUUCUUUCUUGUAGACUUCAUUGUGUUAGAUACUCAACCUGUGUAA